AUGGAUUUGGUCAAUUUCAAUUCAGUUAAAUUCCGUAUAUCUCCGCAAAGAAAUUUCAAUGACUAUUAUUAUCAGGAUUUGAAAGUCGUGAACAUCGUUAACAAUAUGGAGCUCGUAUCACCAUUGUUACCUUCGUCCACUACAGCUGUUGAAUGCGAUGUUUUCGCUACAGAUAUCAGUAAUGCUUUUCUCCAUUCCGCUUCAGAAAUGUCUAGCAAUCCGGGAUUGAAUUAUAUAUGGCAGGACGAACAGCGACGUCGUCAAAAGAAGGGUGAAGAACUGAUUAGCGAGUCGUCACAAAAAGAAAGACCAUCACCUGCUACCGAACGAGAAAAAGAUUAUUUGAAUCGUUUACAUACUUUCUUCAAAAGCAGUGCUUCUACUCUUUCCUUUGGCACUACACAGAACGACACUUUUCACAUUCCAAAUGAUAUUAGAAGGGUUGGAAGAAAUGAUUCUGUUGGACAUGACUUUGAAACAACAGGAACCAGUAUAUUUGAUGAAGAACUAUUUUUGGAAGAUGUGGAUGAAAUGGAAGAGUUAAUAGAAGACAAUGAGCAGGAAUUUCAGGAGGAUGUUGAUUUGCGAGAAAAAGUUGGAGCAGUGUAUGAAACAGUAAGAUCUAUGGAUGCUACAGGUAUUUCUGAUGAAAGUGAUAGUGACGAUAAUGAUAUCGAGGAUGAGAUGGUUUCGCGUACAUCUGGUAUCGAAAAUAUGCCUCAAAUUGGACAAUCUUCCGAAAAAAGUAGCCAGCAGUCAACUACUAGCGAUGAUUUGUUCGGAAGUCCAUUGGAAAGUAUCAGAACCCCAACUGCUUCAGCGAUUAAUUCAGACCAUUCGGAAGAAGCCUUACGAGAUUCUGGUGCAUCAUCACAACGCUCAAUUUUCUCAUUUCUAUCAAAAACUUCUCAAACAUCUAACAAUUGGGAAAGAAGUGAACUUUCUCAACGAACUGAUGAUUGGAUUGAAAAUGAGGAGGUAAUCCAUUGUGCGCAAAGUUAUGAAGUAGAUAUCGAGAGUGCAUGGAUUCCGAAGGGGCAACAAAAGCUUGUUCAGAAAGACUUCGAAGCAAUGUUUCCAAAAACCGAACAGUGGUUGCGCCCUUCUAAGCGAUUACCGCUUCGGAAGAAGACGAAUAAGAUAUGUGAUAUUGAACAACAGCCUUGCAGUACAGGCGAAUCUGUUGAAAGUGCAUCUCAGCCGAAAAAGGAAGCAGUUGUUGAUCAGUUUUUUAGCGAAUUGUUUACCGAAAAUCCCAGCUUCAUCGACUAUAAAAAUGCAAGAGAGAAACUGGAACGAACUUUAGUUGCACCUUCAGCAACUCCGUGGACUGACGAAGUAGAACAAACAGAUAUUCAUCACCUCUGCGUGAUGUCUAUGGAGAUCCUUGCAUUAUCAUCUCGUGGAAUGCCAGUACCCGAUCCACAGUAUGAUCAGAUUCUGGGGAUAUUUUAUACGAUUUCAAUGAAUGUUUGCGUACAAGAUGAAAUAAAUGAUGUGGAUGGUAUUUUGUUGAACAUGGAUAACGGUUUGAUUGGACAGAAUGACCUUUAUACUUUCGUAUCUUCUGAAGUUGACCUGUUCGAUGCUUUUGUCAACGUUGUUCGAAGGUACGAUCCGGAUAUAGUCAUUGGAUAUAAUACUCAACGAUAUUCUUGGGGUUAUCUGACUGAAAGAUCGCUUAUCAUUGGUCGCAAUUUGUUAUCGGAAAUUUCACGCGUUCCUGUCGAGAUCAGUGACUAUUACCGUCCUGGGCUUCAAAAAAAAAGUCGGUGGGUAAAAGAAUUAGAUCCAACUCCAAGAGGUAGAAUACUUAUAAAUGUGUGGCGUAUUCUUCGACACGAAAUUGCACUAAGGAAUUAUACUCUUUCGAAUGUGGUUAAUAACGUUUUGAAGCGAAGAUUUCCUCACUACAGCUUCCAGACGCUUUUAGAUUGGAUAUUGUCUGGUGAAAGGGAUCUGAUUAUCCUGGUUCUGAAGCAUAUGAAGCUGUAUUGUCAGUUGAAUCUUUCAAUUCUUCUACGAUUGGAUUUUUUCACGAAGACAUCGGAAAUGGCACGUCUUUAUGGUAUACAGUUCAAUGAAGUAUUGACACGUGGUUCGCAAUUUCGAGUUGAAUCAAUGCUUUUGAGGCUCGCACGUCAAGAAAAAUAUGUUGCUCCCAGUAUCUCCCCUGCUCAAAGAGGAGCAAUGUGCUCACCAGAAACACUGCCAUUAACUAUGGAACCAGAGUCAGGUUUCUAUCGCGAUCCAGUUAUUGUACUCGAUUUUCAGUCACUCUAUCCAUCCAUCAUUAUCGCUUAUAAUUACUGCUUUACUACGUGCCUGGGAAAGAUAUCUCAUGUUGAAAAUAUCUGCUCACCAAAUAGGCUAAUCGAAUUUGGUGGUUUGCAAUAUAAUUGUCCAAUAGACGAUAUUGUUUCGAUGCUUACCGCUAACAAAUUGCACGUUUCGCCAACAGGAGCUAUUUUUUGUCAAAGAACUGUUCGAAGAGGUUUAAUGCCAGUGAUGCUUGAAGAAAUUUUGAAUACGAGAGUGAUGGUGAAAAAGGCUGCAAAGGAGUGCAAAAAAGAUCGACGACUGGCUCGUAUAUUGGAGGCACGACAAAUGGCGUUGAAAUUGAUUGCAAAUGUAACAUAUGGUUACGCAGCAGCAAAUUUCAGUGGCCGCAUGCCAUGUGUUGAGGUAGCUGACGCCAUUGUAGGCAAGGGGCGAGAAACCCUAGAACGAGCUAUGAGAUUGGUCAACGAAGGAUCUUAUGGAAGUUCACGAGUAAUCUAUGGUGAUACUGAUAGCAUGUUUGUAGUUUGCCCAGGAGCAACUCGAAUUGAAGCCUUUGAUAUUGGGAAAAAGAUUGCUGAUGAUGUGACAAAAGCAAAUCCGAAUCCAAUAAAGCUAAAAUUAGAAAAAAUUAUGCAUCCACUUAUUUUGGAAUCGAAGAAACGAUAUGUUGGAAUGAGCUAUGAAAGUAUUGAUGAUGUGAAAGGUGUCUUCGAUGCCAAGGGAAUUGAAACGAUCCGCAGGGAUUCAUGUCCGCUUGUUUCAAAUAUUUUAGAAAAAGCUUUGCGUUUACUUUUUGUUAAUGAUGUGAAGCGGAUGGUACGCUAUCUGGAUAUGCAACUUUCUAAUCUAUCGCAGCUCCCGUUAUCUGAUUUCAUUUUUAGUCGUGAAUAUCGCAAAUCGUACGCGGAAUCUGCAGUUGUAGCAUCGAAAUUAAUAGCCGAGAAAAGAAAAACUGUAUGCCCACGUUAUGAGCCAGAAGUUGGUGAACGAGUUCCAUAUGUAAUUGUUACCGGUGAACCAAAUAGUACUUUGAUUUCAUGUGUUCGCGAACCUGACGAGUUUAUUUGCGAUCGCCGUUUAAAAAUCAAUUUCGAAUAUUACGUAAGACGUCAGGUGCUGCCUUCACUGCAUCGAGCACUUGACUUCGUUCCAUUAAGAAUUGAAUGGCAUUGUCCCACAACUGUUGGUUGCUACAAUUGUGGAGCAUUAGGUGCACGAUUGUGGUGCAGAGAAUGCAUCGUUGAUCCGAAAGCUCUUCUACUAUCAGUAUGUAAUUAUUAUCGGGAAAGGCGCCUUCUUGCUCAUCUCAAUGAUAAAUGUCGUAAAUGUUUAUCAUUACGAUCAAUCAAUAUCGAUUAUAACAAAUGUAUCAAUAUGGCAUGCAUCGUCAAGCAAAAACGAAUUCUUUUAGAUCGUUCAAUGGCCGAACUUGCAGUGGAAAAAUCAUUGUUUAACAAGCGAUAAAUCUUUC